UCCCAGCCCCCACACCUGAUGUCAAUCUCUCGCCAACUUUCAAACCGACUCUAUCUGUGGAUGGUCUGAUAAUAAUCACGACGGAUGCAACAAUUAUAUGCAGCUAGAGAGACCAGCGACUAUGGGGAUGUUUGACCAGAUAUCCAUUUCCCCCGAGAUCAUUACCACCUGAGACCAGAUCCCAGUCAAUAGCCACGCAAGCAUGUCGCGAUCAAGGUUGUCGCCCCCCAUACUCGGCCAUCGCUCCGCCAUUAUAGCAUCUUGUCAUGUUAUCCUCUCCGACGCGCUACGUCUCAGCUCCCGACCGUUUCACGUCUGUCGCAGCGGUGAAGUGGACAGGAACCAUGAGUGCUCAUCCUCCAACCGCCCGCAACAAGGUGGCGGUUCGCAGAGGUGGCCGUGGCGGGUGCUUGGUGAAAGCGGGCUGACACCAAUCGGGAUGAUUCGUGGCGCUGCCAAAAAAAAAAAAGAAAAUACUAGGCAAUCCUCCGCGUCCUGCCUCAAUCGAGGGGUUUGACUGUGACGCGGUGGGGCGAUCGACGGUAGCACUAGCCGCCGCCGACACAGGAUCGUCCAGG